AUGGGUGUUUUGUGCUUUAGUGAGUUAUUUUUCGUCAAAGAGCCCCAUGAUGCCACUGUCAUUCGGAGAGAAGCUGUUGUUUUGGACUGCCAGGCACGGGGAGAGGCGCCCCUGGACAUGAUGUGGCUCAAGAAUGGAGUAAAAUUAGUUGAGAAUGAACGGGUGUACCUGCUCCCCAAUGGCUCCCUUUAUAUUUCCGAAGUGGAGAGCAGAAGAGGAGACAAAUCAGAUGAAGGGUGCUAUCAGUGCCUUGCUCAGAACAAGUAUGGAACAAUCCUGAGCCAGAAAGCCCGUCUUACAAUCGCAAGUAUGUCCUCUUUUGCACUUCAGCCGACAUCCAUAGUGGUGACUGAAGGCUCAGUUGCCAGGUUAUCCUGUAAAAUCAGCGCUCACCCUCCUCCAAUCAUCACUUGGGAGUUCAAUCGGGUCACAUUACCCCUCUCCUCUGAAAGAAUCACGGUCUUGCCCAGUGGAGUUCUUCAGAUCCAUGGGGUGAAGCGAGCAGAUGCUGGGCACUACCGCUGCAUUGCCACUAACAUCGCCAGCCGUCGCCGAAGCACAGAGGCCACUCUCACUGUCACCCCAGCUCCCGGCCCCAAGCUUCCCCAGAGGCCACGAAUCAUUGCUGGACCACAGAACAUCUCAGUGUCCCUGCACCAGAGUGCCAUCCUUGAGUGCCUGGCCACAGGAAACCCACGACCCCUCAUCUCCUGGAGCCGAGCUGAUAGCAAGUCUAUUGAUGUUUACAACAGCAAAGUGUUGGGAAAUGGCAACCUGAUUAUCACAGACAUCAAGCCGCAGCAUGGAGGAGUCUAUAUGUGCAGAGCCACAACCCCCGGCACUCGGAAUUAUACUGUUUCAUCAGCCAAUGUCACUGUGUUAGCACCACCUUCCUUUGUGGAAUGGCCUGAGAGCUUGACCCGCCCACGUGCUGGCACUGCCCGCUUCGUGUGCCAUGCCGAAGGAGUUCCAGCACCUCAAAUAACAUGGUUCAAGAACGGGAAGAAAGUUCAUUCCAAUGGCCGGAUCAAGAUGUAUCACAGCAAACUGGUCAUCAACCAGAUCAUCCUCGAAGAUGAUGCCAUUUAUCAGUGCCAGGCAGAGAAUGAGCUGGGAUCGGUCCUCUCCAUGGCGAGGCUCAUCGUGGUAAUGUCAGAGGACCGACCCAGCGCACCCAGAGAUAUCCGAGCUGAUACUGUGUCGAGCACCGCUAUCCUUCUGGCUUGGGAGAGUCCUCAGUAUAACUCUGAUAAAGUCAUAGCCUACUCUGUGCACUACAUGAAGGCUGAGGGAUUGAACAAUGAAGAAUAUCAAGUAGUCAUUGGAAAUGAUACAACUCGGUACAUUGUUGAUGAUCUGGAGCCGGCUCGGAACUACACCUUCUACGUGGUGGCCUACAUGCCCAUGGGAGCCAGUCGCAUGUCGGACCAUGUCAUCCAACACACACUUGAAGAUGUUCCCCUCCGGGCUCCAGAGCUCAGCCUUACCAGUCGCAGCCCCACAGACAUCCAAGUGUCUUGGCAGCCUCUUCCAAAGAAGCUGAGUCGUGGGCACGUUUCCAGCUACCGCUUAUCCUACCGCACCAGCUCAGAGAGUGCAGUGUCACAGAUAGAGCUACCCGGAGGGAUGACCCAUCAUCUCCUGGAAAACCUGCAGCCAGACACCAUCUACCUUCUGCGCAUUGUGGCAGCCACCAGUGUAGGGUUGGGCGAGCAGUCUGCCUGGACGUCUCACCGAACUCCAAAGGCAUCCGGUGCUCAAGUACCACUGGCCCCUGAGCUGCGCCUGGAGCCUUUGAACUGCACCACUAUUUCAGCACAGUGGCAGCUGACAUCCAGAAAGGCAGCCACCUUGCAGGGCUACAAACUUUUCUACCACGAGGAGAGCCAGCCCGAGAGUCCUCCUGUUCAGUUGCAUGCCUCUGCCAAUACACACAUCAUCGAAGGCCUAGAUCCAAGAAAGAAGUACCAUGUCAAGCUUCUGGCUUAUAAUGUUGCUGGAGAUGGUUACCAAGCAGACCAGACUGUUAGCACGCCUGGAUCUGUUCGAGAUCGCCUGGUACCCCCACCGCCUCCUCCACACAAUGUGCAUGCCAGGGCUAACAGCUCAUCUGCGGUUUUUCUGCACUGGGCCAGACCAGCCUUCACCUCCAGCCAAACUGUCAACUACGCCAUCCGCUGCAACCCGGUCGGCCUGCAGAACGCCUCGCUGGUGCUCUACCUGCAGACGAGUCAUCAGAGCCUCAUGGUGCGAGAUUUGGAGCCUAACACUAAGUACGAGUUUGCCAUUCGCCUUCAUAUUGACCAGCUGUCCAGCCCGUGGAGCCCUGUGGUCUAUCAGAGUACUUUCCCCGAUGCUCCCACACAACCUCCAUCCAACAUCAAAGUAGCUCUGAUUGAAGAGGACACAGCACUGGUUUCCUGGAAGCUCCCAGACGAAGCCAAUGUACCUGUGACUCACUACACAAUCCUGUAUGCCUCCAGGAGUGACUGGAUCGCUGGGAAAUGGCAAAUCCUGCAAAAAGAAGGGAGUGUUACCAUGGCCCUGCUGGAGAACCUCAAGCCGGGUCAGGUGUACUUGGUGAAGGUUUCUGCAUCCAACAACAUGGGCGAUGGGCCGUUUUCUCCUGCGGUGGAACUGACUUUAAGAACAGAUCCCUACGCUGGUAAUGAUAUCUGGCCCUCUCGUGGCUCCUCGCACUCCACAGGCUUUUCUGACAGCUUCUAUCACCUGGACCAAAAGUCAAUGACGGGUAUCAGUGUGGGAGUCUUCAUCGCUCUCAUCUGUAUCAUCAUCUGCGCUUUCAUUAUCAUUUGCAGGGGCAAACACAGUAAACUUUCAGCUGUCAAAACUCCCCAAGAGCAGCCAAGCACAUCUGCUGCAGCUGCAGGACAUCUGGGAGAGGAGGGACAAGCAGAAAAUACAGAAGAGGCCAUGCCCAUGAUCAUCAGUCAAAGCCAUUUCCUCGAUGCCAAGGGUGGAACGAAUCUCAUCAUUAACUCUCUCGGCCCUGUGCAGCUCAGCUCUCAGAAGAAAAAGAAGUGGUCUCUUUUCAGAAGCGAUGUGAAAAAGGACAGCAAAGCAGCUCAGAAUAAGAGACACGGGGUGGUGUCCUACCAGGCAGGCACCACAGUGCUGACCUUCGAGGAAGAGCUUUCCAUUUCUCCAAACCAGCCCACCACCCUGCAGUGCCUGCUUGGACGCCCCGGCGACAUGGAGGGAUCUUCCAACAGCGAGGGCAGUCACGAAACUGGAGAUUCGGGUCGCUAUUCUCAAGAUGAGACGGAGUUGACAAACUUAUCCUCCAAUCCCAGCAGUCGCCCCCCGUCCCUGAGUGCCGAGGACAGCGGAGACUCGGACUGCGGCAGUCCUGCCGAAAAACUGAGCAAGCUGUCCAUAAAG